AGAGAGACUGCUGAAGAACAAUUAGAUCUACGCCUAAAAAAAAACAUUUUUCUUUUUUCGCGUUCUUUAUACAAUGUCAAACCCAUACGAAGUGUUACAACAAGAAGAUACUUUUGAUUCUGGAGAACAAAAAGUAGUCGACUUUUUUCGCUUUAAAAGCCUAGUUCCUGAUGUCAAAGUGAAGCUUGAUAACUCUCAGUUUCAUACCACAAGAAAUCAAAUAUGUGCUUCAUUGCUUGCUUGUUCAAGUCAAUAUGGCUACUUUAUAGCUGGUUCUUGUUCAGGCUUCACCUUGGCACAAACAGAAAAGUUACGUUCACUUGUCUACAAGACAGCACAAAGCGAGACAGUUCCUUUAGAAGAAACUAUCCAUGUCAAUAUAGAAGAAGGAGAAGUCAAUGUGGUUGCUUUAUCAGCUAACGAACUUCAACUCUUUAUUGGUGUUGCUGGUGGAAUUCUUUUGACAUACAACAUUUGCGAUAUUGUUCAACAAAAAGAACAAGCGAAACCAGUUCAGUCACACACAUUACAAGCAGAUAUCAGCUAUAUUCAACCUAAUCCUGAAGCAUUUCCAGAUAUAGUAGCAGUGAUUACCAAAGACAGCCAAUGUCAAUUGAUUCGUUAUAUGCAAAAGGAAAUUGUCGCCACCAUGUCAGAUACUAUCACUAUGUGUUGGUCCCCUAAGGGAAAACGCAUUGCUUGUGGUGCUCAUAAUGGCCAUGUUUAUACAUUUGAUCUUGCUGGUGAGAAAAAGGACGAAAUCCCACCUCCUGUAGCUAUGAAGGCUGGUUCUGGUGAAGAAGAAAAAGACAGAUUUGUCAAUGCAGUUGUCUGGGUUGAGAAUCAUGUAUUUUUAAUCAUUUACUCUAGACCACAAGACAACAGUGGCGAUGGAGAUCCUGUUCAUACAGCUUAUAUUAUCAACACUAAAAGCACCAGUGAUGAUGAAAGAUACUUGAUGUUGGACGAUGUCACUCCUAUCUUUGGUCUUGACACACCCGACAGUCAUUUUUAUGCCUGUGUCUUGCGUGAUUUUGGUCCUCAUGCUAAAACAUUGAUCAUUUUGGCUAAUUCAGGCGCCACUGAUCUAGGCCUUAUUGGCCAAGAUGGCGAAGGUGAAUGGGCUACUUGGUUAUUAGAAAGUGAAUCCACACCUGCUUUGCCCAUGUCAGACGAUGAUGUAACAGAUACUUAUCCAUUAGGUUUGGCUAUUGAUUACUCUGCAUCAGAACCUUUGCCUCCUUUUGAUGCUGCAGAAAGUGAAGAGCCUGUUCCUGCUGCUCCUGUAUUAUACAUUUUGACAACAGAAGGACUUAUCUGUAGCUAUUACAUCUACAAUUCUGAUUUAGCCAAGGAGAAUCAACAAUACUCAGGUAUGGUCACAGCAAAGGAUGUAUAUCAGAUCCCUGCUCCACCUGCAACAGACGAUAAUAAGUCGACAUCUACAGACAACAGCAAGCCAAUAUCUACUACUACUACUACAGACAACAAACCAACAUCUGCAUUUGGUUUCUCUUCAGACACAAAGAUCCCUACCUUCAGCACACUGCGUACUUCUUCUUCGCCCAUUGCGAAUGCAAGUACUUUUUCAGGUAGACCCACUUCAUCCAUGUCAGAUCCACCUAAAUUUGGAUCUACUUCUGGCUUUGGAUUUGGCAGCACUGGUUCUGCAUUUGGUAGCUCACCUGCACAGACAGUAUCAUUCUCCUCGCUUGCUAAAUCAAACUCGUCAGAGACAAAGAAGUUACCUUCUUUUAGUCAUAACUUGGGCAUUAAUCCGACUUCUUCUACACCUACAUUUGGUGCUGCUAGUUUUGGUUCGUCAUCUGGGUUUGGUUCACCUUCAGGAUUUGGUUCACCUUCAGGAUUUGGUUCUCCAUCAGGAUUUGGCUCUCCCUCAGGAUUUGGCUCACCUUCAGGAUUUGGUUCUUCUCCUGGAAACAAGUCUGCCUUGAGUGCCGCUGCGGUUCCAUCUACACCCUUUGGAGGAUUUAAGGCUACCUCUUCCCCUUCAAAGUUGUUUGGUGAAGCUUCUUCUGAUCGUCAUGCUGCAUCUAAAUUCGGUCCCUCUAUUUUGGAAUCCAAGAAUCAACAAAAGCCCACAACAAAAGAUGUUCCUGCUACUCAACCAAACGAGGAAGAAAAGAACACAUCAGAUAAACGUACUGUCAGUGAUAAUGAGGGUACUCAAAAUGUCAGCUGUAGUAUGUCUUUUGAAGAAAUUCAGAAAGCAAUUGAUGAUACUCCUGUUGAAAGGAUUGAAAAACAAGAUAGUUCUCAACCAACACAACCAUCUGGUGAAGAAAAGCAAGAGACACCUAAAGAAGAGACACCUAAAGAAGAGACACUUAAAGAACAAGAAUUUGUGGAACAAAAGAGUGAAGAAGAAAAGAAGCAAAAAGCAGAAGAAGAAGCUGCAGAAGAGAAGAAACGAGAACAAGAACACGUUGAAAAAGAAAAACGACAGGAAGAACAACGUAUUGCAGCAGAAAAAAGACGUGAAGAAGAACGCAUAGCUGAAGAAAAGUAUCAUAUUGAAAGAGAAAAACAACAAAAGGAAGAAAGAAAAGCUGAAGAAAAGCGAUGUAUCGAAAGAGAAAAGCAACAAGAGGAAGAACGCAUUGUUCAAGCCAAGAGAGCACUCGCAGAAAAGAUUGAAAACACUGAGUUUGCUACUCGAGAAAGGGAGACAAGAACUUCUAUAAGCUAUAAGAAAUCUGUUGAUUUACCAGCGAUGUCUCAAGAUUUUGAAGAUGCUUAUUUCGAAACAUUGGAUGAAGUUGAAUCUGCUGUGCAUUUAUCAGAUCAAAUAACAAAGCAAUUGCUUUUCCAAACAAGAGAUUCGUUUGAAUUGAAAGAUACUAACUAUUUGAGUGAUCAUGAUUUUCUCUGGACGUUAUCUGAUGUGACUGACAUUAGUGCUAUGAUGGAUACAUUAUCUGAUGAAGCCAGAGACGCACAGGCUCGCUUGCGUCAAGUGUUGAACAGAACCACAGAGCUAUGCGAAUCCACUGAUCAAAUUUCAACAAAAAAGAAUAUCAUUGAAGAAUACUUGAACGAAAAGAACUUUGAUCAACCUCUCUCAUACGAAUUUGAAGAAAACGAACUUGAGGUUCAAUACGAAGAGUUAGAAGAAAGAUGCAUUGAUUUUGAAGACAUAAUGAAAGACUUGAUUGCUAAAUUGAACAAGGCUAAGCAAGAACUAGAACAAUCUACAUCUCAAACGAAAGAUACAAGUAAACCUACCAUGUACUCUAUCCGACGUGCUAUUCGUGAGAUUGAACGUUCUAUAAGCAAGCACAAGGCUGCGCUUGAUCAUUUCGAAGAGAAUGAAUUGAGCUUUUCUGCCAAAAAACAAACUUUAGAGACUCAUUCAGACACAAAUGUUCAAGAAACGGAUGCAAAAACAAGUAAGACAAUGUCCCAUGUAAGCAGCAGAAAAGCCUUUUUUGAUGAUCUUUUCCAAGGUACACAGUCUCGAGGUAAACCAUUAUCUACCUAAUUUUUUUUUUCAUGCACUUGUUUGUGUGACCGCUUUCCCCCCAACUAAUCCCAAUAAAUGGUGCACUUUAAAAAAUUA